AUGAACCAAGUGGUUAGUGCAGCGCUGGUGGCGCAGCGAGAAACGGAUGAAGAAGCGGCUGCAGCAGCUGUCCCCUCUGGAGGUGAAACUGAACCAGUCGUGGUAGGAUCAGACAUAGAUCAGGAAAAAGUAGAGCAAGUUAGCGAAGCCAGUUCCAAAACCGCGGCAAGGAAGAAAGUGGUGCAACGGCCAGUGUACUUUGUCAGCUCUCUGUUACAGAGGGCUAGGUCAAGAGCAUUAGUGGAGUUCAUUGAGGAAUGGACACCCACUCCAGAUGAAGAAGUACAAGAGACGGUUAUCCCCGGUAAGGAAGCGCCUCAGGAGUGGAUCAUGUAUUUUGAUGGUGCUUUCUCGUUGCAAGGCGCCAAAGCUGGUGUGCUCCUUGUUGCACCCACCGGAGAGCAUCUCAAGUACGUGGUUCAAAUGCACUUUCCCCGAGAGAAGGCCACCAACAACACUGCUGAGUAUGAAGGGCUCCUUGUCGGGCUUAGAAUCGCAGUAGAGUUGGGAAUCAAGAAGCUAAUCAUCCGUGGAGACUCACAACUCGUUGUUAGAGAAGUCAAUAAGGAUUACUAG